AUGUUUUUCCCUGGCUAUUUCCCUGUGAAAUAUCAAAACCCAGAUAUAAAAAAGGCCCAACAUUUUGAUUCAAAGAAGAAAUCUCAUCAUCACAAACAUCAUCAUACCGAUAAACAAUCAUUGGAAGUUGAAUCGAGUGAACAUAUUUCCAAGACGAAUCAUUCACAAGAGUUUGGUUACCACAGCGCUGAAGAUUACGCAAAAAUAUUAGGUGAAGGUCAGGCAGCACAAGCAUACGUUAACGAAUCAGACAACAUGCAAUCUAACACACAUCACAACAUGCAAUCAGGAUCCCAUCACGACCAUGAUGUCCAUAUGGGUAGGGCUGGUAUUCCUGGUUGCGGAACAGCUUCUCACUUAGACUACCCACACACAGGCCAUGGUCAACACUAUGACCACCACAAGGUGGGUAUGCUUCCUAAUGAAUGCCCAGGGAAGGAUCUAUUGCAUAUGUCUCCUAACAAAGUAGGUAUUCCUGGUUGCGGAACAGCAGGCGGGUUUACCGGAGAAAAUAUUAGUGCAAGAAUGAACUCGAAGAAUGUUCCUAUGAAUGCACAAGACACUACAGAUCCUGAAUUUGGUCCUCAGAGCAGAAACAUCCCAGGUGCAGGACGUAUGGAUACCGGUAUUGUUGGAGGAUCUAUGGCAACUGCAGGUGCUAAUACUGCUGGGGGUCAAUUUGAUGACGCUAAGAUGAAUUCCAGAAAUGUCCCUAUGGGCGGCAUGGAUACCACUGACAGAGCAUUUGGUGGUCAAGAAACUGCCAAUGAGAUUCCAGGCGCUGGUCGCAUGGGUAACAAUGGCAAUGGUGGUAUGUCGUCCAACUCUGGCUAUAAUGCUGGUAAUGUAGAGCCUAAUGUUAUGUUGAAUUCUACUCAUCCAAAAUUGGAAACAGGUUCCGGUGCCGAAUAUGAAACUACAGGUAAAGAUAGAAAAAUUUCUGUAGGAUCCUUCGAAGAUAGGCAUGACAACUCUCAUGCUUAUGAAACGGUAGAGGGUAUCACUGUUGGUCAUCCAGUGAGUGCUAUGCCUCCACAGCAGCAAUAUAAUUAUAUUAGGGCUGAAUCCACACCCAGAUCUCAUCAACAUCAUCAUGGGGAACAUAAGACUGCUGAAGAAAAGAAACCUGGUUUUGUCAAAAAGGUAGAACAGACUUUACAUAUCGGAAGUGAAAAAUGA